CUCCUUCAAAGCCCGACAGUAAUUUUGACCGUUGCUUUCUCCAACGUCUCUUCUCCUCACGCUCCUCCACAGCUUCUUUUGACCAUUACACACAACCCUAUUAGGUUUCUCUCUUUUGUCUUAUCUCUCUUUUUUUUCUGGGUUUCUUCUUUGCUUUUUCUUUAACAUUUCACCAGAACCAAUCCAAGAUUUUCCACUGUGCAUGGGUUUUAGUUCUUUCUUGAAGAGGGUUUAAGAAGAGUCUUGUAAGCUAAGCAAAGAAUCUUUCUUCAGAGACAUUAAGUUAAAAAAAAACAAUGUUUUUUUCUAUGCUAUCUUCUUGAUCUGUGUGGAUUUUGAAGCUUAAAGAGAGAGAGAGAGAAAUGGGAUGUUCUCAUUCGAAGCUAGACGACGAGGAAUCAGUUCAGAUCUGUAAAGACAGGAAACGUUUCAUCAAACAAGCGAUAGAACACAGAACCAAGUUCGCUUCUAGUCACAUUGCUUAUAUCCAGUCCCUUAGAAAAGUCUCUGACGCUCUCCAUGACUUCAUCCAAGGAGACAACUACAAGCCUCCUCACGACUUUCUUCAGGACUCAUUCGUGACUCCCGUUAAGAGACUACCACCGAGCAGAAGCCACCGCCGUAGCAGCAGCAGGAGCGGCGGCGGAGGUGGAGGUGGUGAGUUCAUAACGAUUUCACCUUCUUCUAUGCCUCCUGCUAAAAUGAUUCAAGAUAAGCCAAGAACGAAGGUGAGAGCGAGUUACUUGAUGGCUAACAGAACCAGACCGGUUCGUGUUGAAGAGAGGUCUCCUGAAACGUUUUGUGUUGAGUCAUUCUCACCUCCUCCUAGUCAUGAAGCAGAUGGUUUCUUUGGGAUGAAUAUGAAUAUGAAUAUGAACACUUCUGCAGCUUCUUCUUCUUCGUUUUGGAACCCUUUGAGCUCUCCUGAGCAACAGAGGUUGAGUACUCAUAACAUCCCACCUCCUUCACCGCAGAACUCUCAGUGGGACUUCUUCUGGAAUCCCUUCUCUUCUUUGGAUUAUUAUGGAUAUAACAAUAGUUAUGAUAGAGGAAGUGUUGAUAAUAAUAGGAGUGGUGGUAUGGAUGAUGAGAUUAGAGGACUGAGACGUGUUCGUGAGGAAGAAGGGAUUCCAGAUUUGGAAGAAGAUGAUGAACCUCAACCUCCUCAGCCUGUGAGGUUUCAUACUCCUAAAGUAGUAGUUGAAGAAAGUAAGAGUUGUUGCAAGGAGGAAGUUAAAGUUGAAGAUGUUGAUGACAAUGAUGAUGAUGAUGAGUUUACUGAUAGUGGCUGUGAAGAAAGUGAGAACGAGGGAGAUGAGAAAUGCGUUGGAAAGCAAGAACAGCGAACAGUUGAGGUGCCUACAGUUGAAACUACAGGGAGUGUUGUUGUUGAAGAGGUGAAGAAUGUUGUUAACAUUGCUAAAAGAGAGACGCCAGGAUUCACGGUGUAUGUGAACAGGAGACCAACGAGCAUGGCAGAGGUAAUCAAAGAUCUUGAAGAUCAGUUCACAACUAUAUGCGACGCGGCUAAAGAAGUCUCGGGGCUCUUGGAAGCUAGCAGAGCUCAGUACGCACCAUCCUCUAGUGAUCACAGUGCAAUGAAAAAGCUGAAUCCAGUAGCUUUGUUCCGCUCCGGUUCAUCAAGAUCUUCCUCUUCAAGAUUCUUGCUCACUUCUUCUUCUGGUGGUUCAAAGGAGAGUGGCUCUGAGAGCAGAAGCGAUGGUUCAGAUGAGUCUUGCAUGGUUUCAGGUAGCCACCAGACAACAUUGGACAAACUUUUCGCGUGGGAGAAGAAGCUCUACGAUGAAGUUAAGUCUGGAGAGCGUGUUAGAAGAGCAUACGAGAAGAAAUGCAUGCAGCUGAGGAAUCAAGAUGUUAAAGGAGAUGAUCCUUUUGCAGUUGAUAAAACAAGAUCUACCAUCAGAGACCUAGACACGCAGAUAAAGGUCUCUAUACACUCUAUUGAAUCUAUCUCCAAAAGGAUUGAGACUCUUCGUGACCAAGAACUGUUGCCUCAGCUUCUCGAGCUCGUUAAAGGAUUAACAAGGAUGUGGCAAGUGAUGGCAGAGAGUCAUCAAAUACAGAAACGAACACUGGACGAAGCUAAAAUGUUACUUGCAGGGACACCAGUCUCAAAGCGUCACAAGAAGAGACAACAACAACAACCUUCAAUAAUGCCAGAGACCAUCAACUCACAAAGAUUAGCUCAAUCUGCACUGAAUCUUGAAGCUCAGCUUCGAAACUGGAGAGGCUGUUUCGAGUUCUGGAUCACGUCUCAAAGAUCCUACAUGACAGCAUUAUCCGGUUGGCUACUCAGAUGUCUUAGAUGUGAUCCUGACCCUGACAAAGUUAGACUAUCCUCAUGUCCUCACCCGAUAUACCGAGUCUGCAUCCAGUGGUCGAGGCUGCUCAACAGCUUGAACGAGAAGCCGGUUCUGGACAAACUUGAGUUCUUUGCCUCUGGGAUGGGUUCAGUCUACGCAAGACAGGUUAGGGAAGAUCCGAACUGGAGUGGAGGCGGGUCAAGAAGGUAUUCCGGGUCAGAGAGCUUGGACCUUGUGUUGGCUGAUAGGGUGGGAGAAGAAGAUGUUGUGAUGACUGCUGAGAAGCUUGCAGAGGUUGCUGUUAAAGUUCUCUGCCAUGGGAUGUCUGUUGCAGUGAGUUCACUCGCUGAGUUUGCUAUCAACUCGGCUGAUGAACACUCAAAGCUUGUUAACCAACCAGAGGAAGCUGCUGACGCCAAGCCGGAUGUAAAUUCCAAUUCCUAAUUGUUAUUUUGGUUUUUAGAGAGUUUAGAGAUUAGGUUAGGUUACUUGGCUAUCAUCUUUUGCUAUCAGAAGAUAGUUUUUAGAUGGAUGAGAUUUGUAUUAUUAGUAAAAGACAAAACAGAGUUAGUUCAGUUGACUUUGAGGAUGAACAACAAAGAGACUUUCAACACAUUUGUAUCUUGUAAGAUUUUGGUAUAAGAUUCACUUCCCAACA